AUGUAUAUCAAAAAUAUUCUUAUUUCCGGAUUCCGCUCGUACCGAGAACAAGCGUUUGAGCAGGAGCUCUCGCCGAAAAACAACGUGAUCGUUGGGAAAAACGGAGCAGGCAAGUCGAAUUUCUUCGCUGCGAUCCAGUUUGUUCUUUGUGAGAAAUUUAUGAACCUUUCUUCUGUAGAGAGAAAGGAUCUGUUCCACGUUGGAUCCGGGAGGCCUGCGUUGCCCAUCUUUGUGGAAAUUAUUUUUGAUAAUUCUGAUGGUCGUCUUGUAAUACCGGGAAAAUCUGCUGUGAAUGAAGUGCGUAUACGGCGUACACUGGGCCUUAAGCAAGACGAAUUUCGUGUAAAUGACAAACGGUUCACGGCCACUGAUAUCCGGCAACUGCUGGAAAGCGCUGGGUUCUCGUCAACCAACCCUUACUAUAUUGUUGAGCAAGGCCAAAUUUCAAGUUUGGCAAACAUGAGUGAUGAAGAACGGUUCCAACUUAUAAAAGAUGUGGCAGGUACGAGAGUUUAUGAAGUAAGGCGAAAGGAGAGCGAGAAGAUUUUGGAAGAAACGGAGGUGCAGCACGAGAAAAUCGGGGAGUCUAUUGCUCAACUCGAGGAGCGUCUUGAAGAGCUUCGGUCUGAGUCUGAUGAACUCAUGUCGUUCCAAGAGAUUGACAAAAAAAGAAAGUGUGUUCAGUACUGUAUCCUUAACUCAGACCUGAACGCUGCAAGAGAAGAACUUCGGAGGCUGGAUGAUGAGAGGAACUCUUACAUGUCCCGCAGCGGAAGGGAUCAUUACGAUAUUGAUGAAGCGAAAGCCAUCAUCAGUGAAGCUGAAUCGGAGAUACGUAAUUGCGAUCAGCGUAUCUUGAGGUUGGAGGGGGAGCUACAGGACCUGGAUACGAAAAGGGGCACAUUGAUGCGUGAAAAAGAGAUUGUGCAAUUAAAUUGUAUGUCAUCUCUCAACACGAUGAAAAGAACAGAGAGUGUGAAAACGAACGUUCUGAAGAGGGUUGGAGAACUGAACAAACAGAUAGCAGAGACGAAUGCUGGCUUGAAGAAGAAGCUUGCUAUCAUACAACAGGAGCAGCUUACUGUUGAUCAGAAAAGUGAGGAACUGUCCGCCAUAGAAGGAAAACUUAAGGCACUUGAAGCGAGACGGGCUCGUCAAUUGCUUUUCAAGAACAAGCAAGAGCGGGACAACUGGCUUGCUGAAGAGUCUAAUAGAAACAGAAAAACCAUAGAGAAUUAUAAACAUGAAUUAAAGUUUACGUGUAGUGAGAUACAGAAAGUUGAAAAGCAAAUUGAGGAUGAGGAAACUGAACAGAAAAAUUGGGAGGAAUCAUUAAAGAAAUCAGAUUCAGUUAUAACGGAGCUUAAAUCAAAGUACGAAGAGACGAUGGCCUUCAGGAAUUCACUGAGCGUUAAAAAGGGUGACCUCUGGAGAGAACAGUCUGCCCUUGUACAGACGGUUCGGACACUACGCGAGAAUCACAACAAAGCCCGCAGUCAACUCGAAAAAGUAAUUCGCUCAGAUGUUCGUCAAGGGUUGCAGUCUCUUAAAGAGGUUCUGGACGAGCUGGCCGACCCAUCGCUAACAAAUGCUGUACAUGGCCAAUUAAUUGAGCUCAUCGGCGUCUCGAACGGCUACGAGACAGCUGUUGAAGUGACAGCUGGUAAUUCACUCUUUAACGUUGUUGUUGAUUCAUUCGAAGUUAGUGCGAUUUUGCUGGAGAAUAUGAACAGCAGGAAGAAACCUGGACGUAUAUCAUUUUUCCCAAUGGAUACGUGUAGGGGCACGGUGACACGGUUCGGUGAAGGUGUCGAGUGUAGCAGCUUGGCAGACCAUAUAAUUUGUGAUCCGAAGUUUGCUGGCAUUGUUGCCGAACUAUUUGGAAAUACUGCUGUUGUGACCUCCAUUGCAGAUGGUGAAAAUGUUUCAAAAAAGUACGCAUGUGACGCGGUAACGUUGGAUGGGGAUCAAGUCAGCCGGAGAGGUGGUAUAACAGGUGGUUAUAUCGAAUCUCGGAGUUUGAAACUCUCUGCUUUCAAGUAUGAAAAGGUUGCUGCUGCAGAUUUUUUAAGAGGAGAUGAGGCCCUGAAGAAGAUUACUCAGGAGUUGGACAACGUUAACCAGGCCUUAACAGGUGUUGUGACCACCCUUAGCUCGCUCAAGACGGAGAUGUCCUCCAUAACGAAAUCUAAAGACGGCUCACAAGUUGUCGAACAACAUGCACAAAGAAAAGCAGCACUGGAUAGGCAGAAGGAUAAGUUAUACGCAUCAAAGAAGCAGUUGGAGGACAUGAUAAAUACUGCCCAAGUAAACAUAGCCACCUACCAGCAUGAGGGAAAAGAAGCGUUCAAAUCGGCAUGGAGCGAAGGUGAACAACGAGAGUUGGAGGCGCUGGUGAAAGAUGUCGACGACCGCCGCAUGAAACUCUCAAAACUUCAGCGGCGGAGUGCACAGUUGGCUGCGGAAGUGAGGGCCUUGGAGGAUAUGCGGCUUAACUUAAACGUCCAACUCACGGCUACUAAAAAGUUCUUUCACGAUUCCGCUCAACUCAGUGCAAGUAAUACCGCUAUUACUAAUGAAAAAGAAAAUCUUGACGAUGAUAUUUCUUUUAACUCGCAGCAAGCCAACGAAGUCUACAGGUUAUUGGAUGAGACCAGGAAAGAGAAACUUCGCAGGGAGGAAGAAGUCGAGAAGCUUAGGAGUGGCUACCUUGAGGCUCUGAAUUCUAUUCAGGAAAGAAGAGAUUUCGACGGAAGGACUCUAAUGCAGCAGGCACAUUGCAUUAGACGUCGUGAUGGCGCGGCGGAGAAGAUAAGGCAACUGGGCGUAAUACCCAAGGAAGCUGAGACAUAUUCUGGGUUGUCCAGAGAAAAACUAAUACAAACACUCAAAGAGUGCAAUAAAGCUGCUGAGAAAUAUGCACAUAUAAACCGAAAGGCAGUUGAUCAGUACAAUACAUUAAUGGAAACGAAAAACGGUCUUGUCGCCCAGAAAGAGGAUCUUCAGAAUGAACUGAAGAGUAUUCGUGACUUAAUGGACCACCUCGACUGCAAAAAGGAUGAAGCAGUUGAGCGGACAUACAAGCAAAUUCAGUUGCACUUUGAGCAAGUUUUCAAAGAGUUAGUUACGACCGAUGACUGUUACGGUAAACUUCAACUCAUCAUGUCAAACACCAGAAAAGAGGCAGGUGAGGAUCCGUAUGUUGCUGUUCAGAUAAAAGUUUCUUUCGGACUAGGAGCUGCCGUCACUGACCUGAAACAACUGAGUGGUGGACAAAAAUCACUUGUGGCGCUGGCGUUGAUUUUUGCUAUUCAGCGCUGUGAUCCUGCACCAUUUUAUCUUUUCGAUGAAAUCGAUGCUGCCCUCGAUACUGAGUAUCGGGCGUCUGUAGCGAAGCUUCUUUCUAAAGAAUCAGGGUCGUGCCAAUUUAUUACAGCAACAUUCAAAAACGAAAUGCUUGACGUGGCCGAUCACGUGCUCGGUGUUUUCUUUCACAACAAAAUAAGUCGUAUUCAAGCAAUUACGGUUGAAGAAGGUAACAAGCUUUUGAAACAAGCAGUUGUUGAGGAAAGAAAAAGAGUCCGUGAGCAUGUUGAAUGA